AUGGAAAGUAAAAAAACCUUUUUUAGGGAGAAUGAGCAAGUGAAGAAUAGAUUAGAGAGUGUUAUGAACAUUAUUAAUAAGGAUGAUGAUAAAUAUAUUUUGGAUAAUUUUAAUAUAAUAUUAGAUAAUUUAUAUUAUUUAAAGAGUUGCUUAAAUAGUUAUAGAGAAGUAAAAAAUGUUUUGGAUCCCCAUUUGAAUUUAUUAGUUCAUUCGUUCUUAUAUUUUAUGAAAAAAUCUUUUAAAAAUGUUAAGUAUAUUAUAUCCUAUUAUAAGAAAAAUUUAUAUGAGGAAGAAAAGAAAAGAAAUGAAAAUGAUAAUAUAAGUGUAGAAAUAAAUAAAUGUAAUAUUGCGCACAUUGAUGAAGAUAGCAAUAAUAAUAAUAAUAAUAAUAAUGUUAAGAUUAGUUAUGAUACUAUAAAAAUAUGUAGCGAAGAGCAAUUUCAUUUUGGUUUUUUAAAAAACAAUUUAAUACAUGGAAACAAUAAUAAUAGUAAUACACAUCAAGAUACAGAAAAAAAUGUACAGUGUACGAUACAUAUAAAUAAUAUGCUCAAUAAAGAAAAUAUUAAGAACCAUAUUGGUUGUUCUAAGGAUGAUUAUGAAUAUUCAGCAUGUGUGAAUUCUAAAACAAAUUUAGAAAGGAAAUAUUCUGAUGAUGAAUUUUUAAAUAUGUAUAUAAUUAUUAAAGAAAUAUAUAAAUAUUAUAAUACUCUUAUAUCAGUUAGAGGAGAAAAAAAAAUAAAAUCGCUUUUUACAUGUAAUUCUUUUUAUUUAUAUAAUAUUGUUGAUUUAUUACUUUUAUUAAAAAGAGAAGAAGAAAUAUUUGAAUAUAUAAGUAAUUUAGUAUAUAAUAAAACAGGUGAAAAUAAUUCUUGGGUAUUUUCAUAUAUCUUAAUAAUAUGGUUAUCUUUUUGUUUAUAUAUACCUUUCAAAUUAAAAGAUGUAGAUAAGUAUAUGUUAAAUAAUAUUGAAGAAAUUUAUUAUUAUUAUAUAAAAAAAAAUGAAAAAUCAAAAGAAGCAUGUUCUAUUUUAUAUUCUCAUUUUUUAAGGAGACAAGACGUAUAUGAAUGUAAUAUAUAUUUUCAUCAUUUUUUUCUUAUUUCUAAAGAAAUAAUGAUGAAAUUAAUAUAUAUAGAUUUAGAAAAGGCUAAAAGUAAAGAACCCAAAGAUGAAGAAUUUUACAUUAUUAAAAAUAAGGAACUUCCUUCGUAUUGCAACAAUACCAAAUUUAGUAAUAUAAUUUUACAUGGUAUUUUAUUAACACACAAAAGGGUAUUGAAAAAAGUAGAAAAGAAAAUACUUUUUAACUACAAAAAGUUUUAUAAUUUCUUCUUAAUACAAAAUUUUAAAUAUUUAGAUUUUACUGAAACUUCAAAAGCAUUAAAAAUUUUAUGCUUAGGUUAUUAUGCAUUAUUAUUCCUAGACAAAAAUGAAGAUUAUAAAAAUAUAACAAGUACAAACGUUGAAACGAAUAAUAAUCACAGUUGUAAUAUUAAUAUAUUAGAAAAAAGUAAAGAAGAAAAAAAAAAGGAAAGUAAUAUAUAUAAACUUACUCAAAAAAAUUCUUUAUCGAACACAAAAUUUUGUUAUAAUAAUUUGGAUUAUGAACAUAUGUAUAAGGAUCAUCCUCUUUUUCAUAAAUUACCCAUGUAUGUAAAUAUAAAUGAUGCUUUUAUAGAAUAUAAGACAGCUCAUGAAACUGAACAUUUUCAUAUAUUGGGAAACAAAAAGGAAAUUAAUAAUAAUAUUUUAGAAAAGAAUAAAGUAAAUACAACAAGUGAUAAUAUUAACCUAGAAAAUGAUUAUUCUAAUACUUAUCAUAUUGAGCAAAAUAAAUGUGAAGAUAAUGUAAUAUUGUUUGAUAAAAAAGAUAGUAGUACUAAUAAUACUACUAUUACUAAAAAGGAUAAUAGUAAUAAUAAUAAUGAUAAUGAUAAUACUAACAAUAAUAAUGAUAAUGAUAAUAGUAACAAUAAUAAUGAUAAUGGUAGUAAUAAUGAUAAUAGUAGUAAUAAUAAUAUAUAUUAUAGACCAAGUUACAAAGAACAGUUAGAACAUAUUAAAAUUGUGGGAGGGAAAAAAUUUAUUUGUGAAAGUCAUAUUAUGGAAAUACUUAAUAUUUUCUUUUUUUAUUUUAAUGAUAAUAAUAGUUAUAUUAGAUGGUGUUUAUCAAAAAGUUUUGGUAAUAUUAUGAUAUAUUUAAAUGUAGAUAAUAUUAAUACGGUUAUUAAUAAAUUUGAUGAUUUUACAAAAUAUAAUGAUUAUAAUAUGCUCUGUACAAUUAAUUAUACCUUAUUCCAUUUUUUAUUUAAUAAGAAUAUUAUUUCAGUGGAUAUUUUAAAUUAUCUUUUAAAAAAAAUAAUACAUAGUUUAUAUUCAGAUAAGGUUAAAAUAUAUCCUAGCGCCUUUGUAUUAUUAUAUAGUUUAUUUAAAUAUAAUAAAUACAUAAAAAUGAAUUUUAAAAAUAAUGUGACUAAUAUUAAUUACUUUUUAUUUCAUCUAAUAUUUAUUAAGUUGAUAAUUUUCUCAUUAUUUGAGGAUAAUAUUAAUGUAAGAAAAUCAUCUAUGUCAUUAUUACAGUUAUAUGUAGGGAAAUUUAAUUUCUUUUAUGAAAUAGAAAAUAAAAAUAGGUUGGAUAAGAACACGAUGGAAAUAGCAGAAAUGUAUGUUAAUAAUAAUAACAACGUUUGUGAUAAUGAUUUGAUUGUAGAUACUCCGAUGGAGAAUAAUGUACAUAAUCAUGAAAACAAAAAUAUUAAUUCAUAUUUUAUAGAUAAUUCCAAAGGAAACUUAAAUAAUAUCAUAGAACAUCCUAUGUAUAUAUCAAGUAGUAAAAAUAAUCAGGAACAUUUUUUUGAUCGUAUGCUUGAUUUUAUUAACUUAUUUUUUAGUCAUUCUGACAUAAGUACCUAUUACGAAAAUGUUAGAAAUAUGUCAAAUGAAUUUGUAGAUAAUUCGAAAAUAAGCAUUCCAUUGAUAAAAUAUACUAUUAAUAAUUAUAAUAUUAAUAAAAAUAUUAAUAAUGAUAAUAAUGAAAAUAUUAAUAAUAAUAAUGAAAAUAUUAAUAAUGAUAUUAAUGAAAAUAUUAACAAUUGUGAUAAUAUUUUUUAUAAAAGAAAUCAUAGAUAUAUGAACCAAAUAAAAAGAGAUAUUUUUAAUAAAAAUAUUGAUCUAUUACGUACUUGCAAUUUCAACGAAUUAAUAAAUUUAAAAAAGUCUAUUAUUAUCAAAACAAAAAUGGUGUGCAAUUUUUUUUUAUAUAAAUAUCCAAUUAUUUAUCAUUUAUAUUCCAAUAAAUUAUUUCAUGAAAAUGUGAACGUACGGUUAUUGUCUUCUGAAUCAUUAUCUAAUUUAUGUAUUCUUGACUGUGAUUAUUUUAUUCACGUUGUUCUCCCAUUUUUAAUAAAAAAAAGUUAUGAAGAAAAUGUUUUAAUAAAACAUGGAUCUAUAAUUUGUAUUUCCAAAAUUUUAUUAAAAUUAAAGAAAGAAAUUAAUGAAAAUUUACAAAAUGAUAUAAAAAAUAUUAUUAUCUAUAGUGAAAAAAAAAGAAUAUAUAAAUUUAAAAAAGGAGAAAUCCUAAGACAUUCCUUAUGUUUAUUAAUUCAAAGUAUAUGUCAAUGUAAUUACUUUCUUGUAAAAAAAAAUACGUGCACAUUUUUUAAAGAUAUUUUACAUAAUAAUUUAUUUCAUUAUAAUGAAAUUAUUCAAUUUGAAGCUUCCAAAAUUUUUUAUUAUAUGCCUAUAUAUUUAUUAAGUAAACAACAUACUAUUGAAUUUAUUUAUGAAGUAUUCUUUAAUAUUAUUAAAAAGAAAAAUAAUUUUCUUCAUUUAAAAGGUUAUUUUAUACUUUUAUGUUUUGUCAAUGAUACUAUUAUUCCAUAUGUAUGUUCUGAACUCAUACAACUUUUUUAUUAUAUUUUAAAAAAAAAUUCAACCUAUUAUAAAACCAAAAAUAAAUAUUAUAUCAAACACAAUAAGGAAGAUAUACAAAAUAUCAAUGUCGAAAAUACUAAUGAUUACAAUGAUAUAAAAAAAGAUGUCUAUUUCUUUAAAAAAAUUAAUUUUGAAACAUAUCCCAUUGAUUAUAAUAUGAAAAUCUUUUGUCUACUUUCACUCUUUAAUGUUGUCAAUAACUUAAGAAAUAUAUAUAUAUCCGAUUUCUUGAAGGUCUAUACAAAAUGUACCAUAAAUUUUAAAGGUUUGAUUAAAUCCAGAGGGCCAAAAAUUAAUAAAAAGAAAAAAAUAAAUAACAUAAAUAUUCAUGAAAUGGACUAUUUCAGUAAUAGUACAAAUGAAAAUAAUGAAAGGGAAAAUAGUCAGGUAAAUUGCUCAAACAAAAAAGCUAGCUACCUGAACGGUUCAGGUAAUAAUUCAUCGAAUGGAAAAGAAUUGGAGUAUAAUUUAAGAAGUGGUAGUUUAUAUAAAAAUGAUAACCUUAAUAAUAAUAAAGUUGAUGAAAAGGAAUUAUGUUUUGAAAGAGAUUCUGUGGAUAAAAAUUAUAAUGAACUAACCAUUCCCUUAGACGUUUCAUAUCAUAAGAAAAAAAGACGAAAAAGAAAUACGAGUUUUUAUAUAAGGAAAGAUAUAAAUUUCAUAAGGAAAGAGAUAAGUUGGGAUAAAGUUUUGGAAAAAAAUAAAAAGAAAAAUGGAGAUAUGCAUAGUGAUAUACUUGAGUACAAAUUAAAUAUAAACAAAAUAACUAAAAUAUUAAUUUUGUAUUUACAAGAAUAUGUGUAUGAAAAUGAUAUAGGAGAUUCGCAUAUUUUUGUUCGUGAAAUAUGUUUGGGUUUAACCAUAUUUUUAUUAACAUCUUAUCCGUUGUAUUUUUUUAAAAAAAGAAAUAAAAAUGUGCAAAAUGUAAAUAAUAUAAAUGAUGUAAAUGAUGUAAAUAAUUUAAGUAAUGUAAAAAAUGUGGUAAAUGCUUAUAAAGAUAGGAUUAAAGAAAAGAAUGAUGAUACAAAAAUACACAAGGUAGAUAAAUGUUCAUGUCCACUCAAAUUAUAUCAUCCAAAUGAAAAAUCUUCAGAUAAAAAUAAAAAUAUGUGCUUAAGUAAAAAUUAUUUUUAUGAACAAUUUGAUUCUGAUAACAGUUAUGAAGAUGAAGAUGAAGAAUAUAUUAAUGAUAAGAACGGAACAGAUGAUAUAUUAAAAAAUGAGAAAGAAGAAACUUAUUAUAUAUAUAUUAUAUAUAAAAUAAAAAAGAAGUAUAUUAAUAUACUUAUUCAGUUAUUAUUAAAAUUAUUAUGUGAGAAAAAUAUGAGGACACAUAAAAUGUGCUUGUUUUUAUUAAAUUAUUUAUAUAAUUAUUCUAUAUUUAAUACGAAAGAGAAAAUAAUGGAUACAUUUUCUUUCAAUAAUAUAUUUAAUAAAUAUUGUCAUGAUUUUUCUUAUGAAUUAUUUCUUAAAAAAAAAAUUGAUGAUAAUAUAAGAAAAAGUAAAAUGAAUAUAUAUAACUAUUUAAAUACUUAUUCUGAUAAUAUUUGUAAUGUGUUUGAAAAUAUAAUUGUUCAUACAUGUGAUUAUUAUCAACCCUUAUAUUUAAAAGAAGAUAAAGAGCAAAAUAUAGAAUUUGAGGAAGAGGAUUUAGAAAAAGAAAAAAUAUAUAAUAAUACUCCCUGUUCUUGUGUGUAUGAAGAAGAGAUUACUUCUUUAUUUUUAAAUAAAAAUUAUAAGUAUAAUUUGAUAAAAACGAUAUUUAACAAAAUUAAUAACUUUAUAUAUUUAUACAAUUAUGCAUUAAAAUAUGCUAGCUUUUCUAUAUUUCAUAAGAAUAAAUACAUGUCCACGCGGAAGGGCGUAAUUAAGGGUUACUCUGAAAAGGAUAAUAUAGAAAGUUGUGAUAAUAUGAAUAAUAUUAAAGAUAAUUUAGAUGAUGCACACAAUGAUCCUUGUGAGUUUAAUAAAUUGGAUGGGAAUAAAAAAAGUGAUGAUUUGUGCUUUGAUUUAAUUUUUGACAACAUACAUAUAAAUAACGAUUUUAUUGAUGAAAUGAAUGUGAGUGAGAAUGAAGAUAAGAUUAGUAUGGAAGAAGAAGGAUUAAUAAAAGAUGUUCACUUUCUUUUAGAUAAAGGGAAAAAAAAUAUUAGUGUAAUUAAAUGUUUAGAAUAUAAUGAGAUAUAUUUGUAUAAACAUAUAUUUUACCUAUUAUUUUUGAAUAAAUAUAAUUAUUAUAUAAUAAAUGGAUUCUUUAAUAGUUUAUGUUAUUAUUCUUCUCAUAGUGAAUAUAGUAAUUAUGAAUACACAAAUUUGAUUACGAAAGGAAAAGAAAAAUCUAUAGAAUUUUUAUUCUUAGAAUUUUUAGAAAGAUAUAAGAAUAUAUAUACGUUUGGAUAUAUUAGAGAUGAUAUAUUAUUUUUGUAUAUACGAUAUUAUAAAAAAUAUUAUGUGAAUUAUGAUUAUUCUAUUGUUAAUAAUAUAAUUUAUCAAUAUAAUGACAAUAAAAAUAAAAAGAUGAAAAAAUUAUUAUAUCCAUAUAACGAUUCAUAUGAAAAAUUAAUAGAUAAUGAAGGAAAUGAAAAUUUACAGAUGGAUGGAUAUAUGGAAAAUGAUUUGGAGAAAUAUGAUAAUUUUGGUUGUUGUUAUAAUUAUGAGGAGAAUUAUUUUUCUCUUUUUAAUUAUAAUAUGCACGACAUAAAUUUGAAAGAAAUAAUAUCAUUAGAAAAGACUUGUAGAGAAUUUAAUUAUUCAUAUAAUAUAUUUAAUAAUUAUAAUAUAUAUUUUGAUGGAAAUAUAAUUUUAUUUUAUAAUAAUGUGGAAAGUAAUAAUAUGGAUAAAAGUUUACAAAAAAAAAAAAGAAUUAAAGAAAAUAAAAAAAUAAAAAGGGAGCAACAUGAAAAAAUUGAAUUAUUACCAUAUGUAAAUAUAUGUCUAAUUAAAAUUUUAUAUUACUUAAAUAAUUUUAAUUUAGUACAAUUAGAAAUAUUUCUAAAGAGUGUUAAUUCUUUUAUUAAAUCCUCUAUAAUGAAUAAUUUUGCAGCAUAUUCCUUUCUAUAUUUUUUUCUUAUAUCACUGGACAAAUACAAUUCAUUUGCGCUUAUUAAAACAAUUUCUGAAGUUAUUAUAAAUAUUUUUAUGUGUCUGUCUAUUCACAAUAAUAUAAAACGAUUGGCUAUGUUCUUGAUUCUUCAGUUAUUAGUACAUAGGUAUCCUAAGAUUCGAGAAUUUACAAAUGAGUAUUUUUAUGCAAAUAUAAAUUUCAUAUCUCCUAGCGAAUUUAAACAUUAUUUAUUUAAGAGUUAUGAAGAUUUAGAAAGCAUCAUGUCAAUAUUGAUAAAUACUCAAUUUUCGCUUAUGCUCAAAAAGGAAAAUUGUCAUAUAAAAUUAGCAGUUGAAGAAAUAUCGACCCUUUUGAAUAUUCCGUAUUAA